CAGGGCAACUCUUGUUUGUGGAGACUUUCUCAUAUCUCCGAAACUGAGCAGAUUUUCUUUUAUUACACGUAGCUGGAUCUGUGGAGAGAGAAGACGGAACCAUGUCAGACACUGUUGAAAAAGUCUCUGAUGACAUGGCCAACCUUCAGCUGGGGGAGGGAUCAGUCCAGGACGACUUCCCCAAUCUGAGUCAGCACAACAACCACAUGGCCAAGUUUUUAACUAUGGACAUGUACAAAAAGCUGAGGGAGAAGUGUACCAGCAGUGGCUUCACCAUCGAUGAUGCCAUUCAGACUGGAGUGGAUAAUCCAGGUCACCCCUUUAUCGUGACUGUGGGCUGUGUGGCUGGCGAUGAGGAGUCGUACGAAGUCUUCAAAGACUUGAUGGACCUUGUAAUUCAGGAAAGACAUGGAGGGUACAGACCAUCGGACACCCACAAGACUGACCUUGACCCUGAAAACCUGAAGGGGGGCGAUGACCUCGACCCCAACUAUGUCCUGAGCUCCCGUGUGCGAACAGGCCGAAGCAUUCGCGGUUAUUGCCUGCCGCCACACUGCAGCCGGGGAGAGAGACGUGCUGUGGAGAGGAUCUCAGUUGAAGCCCUGGAUUCCCUAACUGGAGAAUUGCAAGGGAAAUACUACGCCUUAAAGAACAUGACUGAGGAGGAGCAGCAGCAGCUGAUUGAUGACCACAUGCUGUUUGACAAACCAGUCUCCCCUCUGCUGCUGGCUUCCGGGAUGGCCCGUGAUUGGCCUGACGGCAGAGGCAUCUGGCACAAUGAUGACAAGACAUUCCUGGUUUGGGUGAACGAAGAGGACCACCUACGAGUGAUCUCCAUGCAGAAAGGCGGCAACAUGAAGGAUGUGUUUACUCGCUUCUGCACCGGACUGAAAGAGAUGGAGUCCUUAUUCAAAGAAAAAGGGGAGGAAUUCAUGUGGAAUGAACACCUUGGCUACAUUCUGACUUGCCCAUCCAACCUGGGCACUGGUCUGCGUGCCGGUGUACAUGUAAAGCUUCCAAACAUGAGCCAACACCCCGAGUUUGAGGAAGUUCUUAAGCGGCUUAGGCUACAGAAACGUGGAACUGGCGGCGUGGACACUGAUGCCGUGGAUGGAGUCUUUGACAUCUCUAAUUCUGACAGACUGGGCUUCUCUGAGGUGGAGCUGGUACAGAUGGUGAUUGAUGGGGUCAAGGUGCUGGUAGAGAUGGAAAAGAGACUGGAGAUACAAGAGCCCAUUGACAACCUCAUGCCUACUGUCCAGAUUGUCAAAAGUGAACCAGAGGAAAAGCCUCAGCCUGAGCGAAAGAGGCUGUCAGCUGAGGAGGAGUUCCCAGAUCUCAGUCAGCACAACAACUACAUGGCCAAGCACUUAACCCUGGAAAUGUACAAAAAACUGCGGGAGCGAACUACAUCCAAUGACUUCACCAUAGACGGUGUCAUUCAGACAGGCGUGGACAAUUCUGGUGAUCCUUUUAUCAUGACUGUGGGAUGCGUGGCUGGAGAUGAGGAGUCUUACGAAAUCUACAAAGACUUGAUGGAUCUUGUGAUUCAGGACAGACAUGACGGUUACAAACCAACCGACAAGCACAAGACUGACCUCAAUCCAGAAAAACUAAAGGGGGGUGAGGACCUCGACCCCAACUAUGUUCUGAGCUCCCGUGUCCGUACUGGUCGCAGCAUUCGUGGCUUCUGCCUUCCACCCCAUUGUAGCCGAGGAGAGAGGCGUGCUGUGGAGAAGCUCGCGGUCCAAGUGCUUGAGUCACUGACUGGAGACCUACAGGGGAAGUACUAUGCCUUAAAGGACAUGAUGGAAGCUGAACAGCAGCAGAUGAUUUACGACCACUUCUUGUUUGAAAAGCCAGUGUCCCCUCUGCUACUGGCCUCAGGGAUGGCCCGUGACUGGCCUGAUGGCAGAGGCAUCUGGUAUAACGAAUAUAAGACAUUCCUGGUGUGGGUAAACGAAAAGGACCAUCUGAGAGUGAUCUCAAUGCAGAAAGGAGGCAACAUGAAGGAAGUGUUCACUCGUUUCUGUGAUGGACUCGCAGAGAUGGAGUCCUUGUUCAAGAAGAAAGGUCACGUCUUUAUGUGGAACGAGCACCUUGGCUACAUUCCAACUUGUCCAUCCAACCUGGGAACCGGUUUGCGUGCUAGUGUUCAUGUAAAGUUGCCAAACAUGAGCAAGCACCCAGAGUUCGAUGAGGUUCUUCGGAGACUGAGGCUGCAGAAACGUGGAACGGGUGCAGGUGGCGGGGACACUGCUGUUGUGGAUGGAGUCUUUGACAUCUCCAACAUUGACAGACUGGGUUACUCCGAGGUGAAACUAGUCCAGAUGGUGGUUGAUGGAAUCAGGGUUCUGGUAGAGAUGGAAAAGAGGCUGGCAAUGGACGAGGCCAUUGACGACCUUAUGCCAAGCAACAUUGAGCUGAAGGGAUUGACUGCUAAGGAUGAGUUUCCAGAUCUCAGUAAGCAUAACAACCACAUGGCCAAAAUACUAACUUUGGACAUGUAUAAGAAGCUGAAAGAUCGUACGACCCCCAAUGGUUUCACCAUCGAUGAUGUCAUCCAGACAGGCGUGGAUAAUCCAGGUCAUCCCUACAUCAUGACCGUUGGGUGCGUGGCUGGAGAUGAAGAGUCAUAUGAGGUCUUCAGAGAUUUGCUUGACCUUGUGAUUGAAGCAAGACAUCGAGGUUACAAAGCAAAAGACAACCACAAGACUGAUCUCAAUCCAGACAAUCUUAAGGUCGAGCAAUGUUCACACUGACAUGGGUGUUCUAUUUGCACCGGAGAGAAACAAAUGACUUGUCUUAUGCAGGGCGGUGAUGAUUUGGACCCAGAAUAUGUUCUGAGCGCUCGGGUCCGAACGGGCCGCAGCAUCCGUGGUUUCUGCUUGCCGCCUCUGUGUAGCCGUGGGGAGAGACGUGCUAUUGAGAAGCUUUCCGUUGAAGCCCUGGACACUCUAAGCGGAGACCUACAGGGGAAAUACUAUGCCCUGAAGAACAUGACUGAGGAGGAGCAGCAGCAGCUGAUUGAUGACCAUUUGCUGUUUGACAAGCCAGUGUCCCCUCUACUGCUGGCAUCGGGGAUGGCACGUGACUGGCCCGAUGGCAGAGGCAUGUGGCACAAUGAAGAUAAGUCAUUCUUAGUGUGGGUGAAUGAGGAAGAUCAUUUGCGAGUGAUCUCCAUGCAGAAAGACAGUAAUAUGAAGGAAGUCUUCACUCGCUUCUGCAAAGGACUCACGGAGAUUGAGUCCUCGAUUAAGCAGAAAGGUGAAGCCUUCAUGUGGAAUGAGCACCUUGGCUACAUCCUGACAUGUCCAUCCAACCUGGGCACUGGCCUCCGUGCUGGUGUGCAUGUGAAGCUGCCACACAUGAGCAAGCAUCCUGAGUUUGAGGAGGUUCUUCGAAGGUUGAGGCUCCAGAAACGUGGAACUGGUGGCGUGGAUACAGAUGCCGUUGACGGGGUCUUUGACAUCUCCAACGCGGACAGGCUGGGUUUCUCCGAGGUGCAGCUGGUCCAGAUGGUGAUCGAUGGCAUCAAGCUGCUCGUGGAAAUGGAGAAAAGGCUCGAGAAGGAGGAGCCCGUUGAUGACCUCAUGCCAGUCGACCUUCAGCUCAAUGUGUUUACUGCAGAGGAGGAGUUCCCAGAUUUCAGUCAGCACAACAACCACAUUGCAAAGUUUUUAACCCUAGAAAUGUACAAGACGCUGAGGCAGCGUUGCACCCCCAACGGCUUCACCAUAGAUGAUGUUAUUCAGACGGGCGUGGAUAAUCCAGGUCACCCCUUUAUCAUGACCGUGGGCUGUGUGGCUGGAGAUGAGGAGUCCUACAAGGUCUUCAAAGACUUGAUGGACCUUGUGAUUCAGGACAGACAUGGAGGAUACAAACCAGGAGAUAUGCACAAAACUGACCUCAACCCAGAGCACCUGAGGGUAAAGCCAGCAUUUUACCAGGAUUGAUAUGUAUUGCAGAAAAGCUCAUCUCUGCUUCUCCAGGGGGGCCAAGACCUCGACUCAAGAUACGUUCUGAGUUGCCGGGUUCGAACAGGCCGCAGCAUCCGUGGCUUCUGCCUGCCGCCGCUCUGCACCCGUGGGGAAAGGCGCGCUUUGGAGAAGCUUUUCAUUGGAGCUCUUGAUACACUAACUGGGGACUUGCAAGGGAAAUAUUAUGCCUUGAAGAACAUGACUGAGCAAGAGCAGCAGGAGCUAAUCAAUGACCACUUCCUCUUUGACAAGCCAGUAUCCCCUCUGCUAGUUGCCUCGGGGAUGGCGCGCGACUGGCCCGAUGGCAGAGGCAUCUGGCAUAAUGACAACAAGACAUUCCUGGUGUGGGUGAACGAGGAAGACCAUCUGCGAGUCAUUUCCAUGGAGAAAGGUGGCAACAUGAAGGAUGUGUUCACUCGCUUUUGCACCGGACUCAAAGAGCUUGAGGCUGUGAUUAAGGAAAAAGGGGAGGCAUUCAUGUGGAACGAGCAUCUAGGCUACAUCCUGACUUGCCCAUCCAACCUGGGCACUGGUCUGCGUGCUGGUGUACAUGUCAAACUUCCAAACAUGAGCAAGCACCCUAAGUUUGAGGAGGUUCUCAAGAAGCUGAGGCUCCAAAAACGUGGAACAGGUGGGGUGGACACAGCUGCCGUGGAUGGAAUCUUUGACAUCUCAAAUGCAGACAGACUCGGAUUCUCUGAGGUGCAGCUUGUCCAGAUUGUGGUCGAUGGUGUUAAAUUGUUGGUGGACAUGGAGAAGAAGCUGGAAAAGGGUGCUUCCAUCAACAACCUGAUGCCUGGUAAACUUAAGUUGAAGAAACUUUCACCCGAGAAGGACUUUCCGGAUCUCACAAUGCACAACAACUACAUGGCCAAGUUCUUAACCCUGGACCUGUACAAAACGCUGAGUGAGCGGAAAACCCCUUACGGCUUUACCAUUGACCGCGUCAUCCAGGCGGGAGUGGAUAAUCCAGGUAACCCAUUCACAAUGAGUAUGGGCUGUGUGGCCGGUGAUGAGGAGUCCUACGAGGUCUUCAAAGAACUGCUGGACCUUGUCAUUGAGGAUAAACACGGAGGUUAUAAACCAACAGACGUGCACAAGAGUGACUUCAACCCUGACGGCCUUGGGGUACAGCAGCGUCUUUCCAACUCAUAGACACAUUGUAUAUGGAAUUGACCUGUGAGUCAAUUGUCUUUUCCCUCGAAGGGGGGUGACGACCUCGACCCCAACUAUGUUCUGAUUUCACGUGUCCGAGCGGGUCGCAACAUUCGCACCUUCUGCUUGCCGCCAAAUUGCACUCGUGGGGAGCGGCGUUUUCUCGAGCAGCUCUUCAUCGAAGUUCUAGGGUCACUAUCUGGAGAACUGCAGGGUAGAUACUUGCCAUUGAAGAGCCUUUCAGAAGCUGAGCAGCAGCAGAUGAUUGAUGACCACUUGCUGUUUGAGAAGCCAGCGUGUCCUCUUCUUGUUGGCUCCGGGAUAGCCCGCGACUGGCCCGAUGGCAGAGGCGUGUGGCACAAUGAUGACAAUACAUUCUUGGUGUGGGUGAAUGAAGAGGAGCAUCUAAAAGUGAUCUCCAUCGAGAAAGGUGGCAACAUGAAGGCAGCCUUUACUCGGUUCUGCAGUGGAAUUCAAGAGGUCGAGUCUAAGCUUAACGAGAAAGAACUUGAAUUCAUGUGGAAUGACCAUUUGGGUUACAUCCUGACUUGCCCAUCCAACCUGGGCACUGGUCUGCGCGCUGGUGUGCAUGUGAAGCUGCCCAACCUGAGCAAACGCCCUGAGUUCGAGGAAGUUCUGAAAAGGCUGAGGCUUGAAAAACGAACUGGUGGGGUGGACACCGAGGCAGAUAGCGAAGUCUUGGACAUCUCCAACACUGACAGACUGGGCUUCACUGAAGUGCAGCUCGUGCAGGUGGUAGUUGAUGGCGUAAAGGUCUUGGUGGAGAUGGAGAAGAGGCUUGAGAUGGAAGAGGGUAUUGACGACCUGAUGCCCGUCCAAAAGUAGAACCACUCAUAACCCUUCUACAUUCCCCAAUUACUUUUCUCUGCAGCAAAGCGUUGUGUGACCGUUCGUGUUCUGAAACUGUUCUGUUCAGAUGACCCCGAAAUAAAGUAAUACAAUCUUUCACUCUUGA